AAAGUUGUUAAAUCAAGUUGAAUCGCAAGUGUUAGUAACUUCUUUGCUAACUAUGCUUAGGAGAGUGUUAGUCCCAGUAGAAGUAAUCAGAGUACAUCCUAUCUAAUUGACUACUAUUGUAUUUAUUUUUGAAACUGAAGCUAAUUCUUCUAUUAUUUGUUGCGCACAGCAUUAACAACUGUUAGAAGUUAUAUUUGAACAUGAAUUUACUUCAUGAUUUAUAUCUAUUAUCGAUUUAGAUUAUCAAGUUGAGCUGUUCAAUGUUUUAAUAAUAGGUAUCCCAUUGGGAUAAUUUGUACUAAACAGUUUAGCGGUUCCGCUCACGUGAGUUUUCAGAUAUCACCAAAAAAAUCUUUUCACCUCGAUAGAUAUGAUAAAUCAAAUCUGGAAAAUCUUUGGGAGCAAAAUAAGUUGUAAUCAAUCAACAUUGAAAAGAUACAAGGAGCCACGAUACUAAAUGGCAGGUCAAGAAGAGUUGAUUGCUGGAUCAGUCCAUAGUAUUCCUACUUUGAUAAACCAAUUUAUUGCAACGGUUGAUAAGGAAGAUGAGCCAGAAGCUUGUCAAGUCUAUUCUCAAGAAUUAUCUAAUCUUAUUAAUCAAGAUGAAUUGACUCUUUUGGGAUUCAUUCAAAAUUUGGGAUCGUCUUUAACUUCAGACUCUGAUAAUUUGAGAACAAAAUCAGUUCAAUGUUUGUCGUCUACUUUAGGUUAUCUCGUUGACUCUACAAAACUUUCCAAACAAGAUAUCAACGUAUUGGUCGACUUCUUAUUAAGUAAAUUUGAUGAUAAAGUCUGUUUACAAUAUGUUUUAGGAUCAGUAAAUUAUUUGAUUCAAUUCAAAAAUUUCAUUCCAUCCUUAAAUGACAACUUGAAGAAAAUAUUUAUCAGAUUAUUAAAAGGGUACGAUCCAAAGAAAAAUCUUGCCAAAGUUAGAUUUGAAACUUUUCAAAUCUUAGCCACAAGUUUAAAGUUACAUUUACCAAAAAAUGAAGAAACCAAUGAUUUAUUUAUAAAGUCAUUCAUUCAUAUUGCAUCUGGUGAAAAAGAUCCUCGAAAUUUAUUGAUAUCAUUUGAGUUAAAUUCUAACUUGAAUUCGGUAUUUGAAUUUGAUACUAUUGACAAUGAAUUACAUAAAGAAUUUAUCAAUGAUUUAUUUGAUGUCUGCUUCUGUUAUUUCCCCAUUUCAUUUACUCCACCUGCUAAUGAUCCAUAUAAAAUCACUGCUGGUGAACUUAAGAGCAAAUUAAGAGCUACUAUUGCAUCUCAAUCAUUGUUUGCCAAAGAUUCAUUUAGUAAUUUAAUUGAAAAAUUAACUUCAACCAACGCAGUCAUUAGAAAUGAUACGUUAAAAACAAUUCUAUUAUGUGUUGAAAACUAUUCAACCUCCGUAUUAGAGGAAUUCUGGUUAACCUUGUGGAAUGCAUUAAAAUUCGAAAUUUUACAUAAUGAUAUAUCCGAAAUCUUUAAAUCAAAUUUGAAUACUUUGAUUCCAGACAACUUUGAUGAAAACAUUGAUGAUAAUGAUGACAAUAAAUCGCUAAUCUUAACUUUACUAAUUGUUGAAACUUUAAUCGGCAAACUUAUUCAUGAAUCAAAUCCUCGUGCACAAACAAACUUAAAUAAUUUAAUAGAAACCAUUCAAAAUGAAUUAAAGGAUAACUUAUCUUCUGUCAAAGAUAAGUCAAAACAGUCAACAUUACUUUUAGCUACCAUUGCUUCCAUUUCAAUUGAAAGUUUUAACAAAGUCAUUUCAUUUUUAUUUUCCUAUGAUGUCUGGGGUAAAUAUGUUAAUAUUGAACAAGAAGAUGUUGAGAUGGAAGCUACUUCAAGUACCACUUCUAAGAUCACUACAGAUGAGCUUGAGAUUGAUGUUAAUCAAGCCACCGCUGUUUCUGACAACGAUAAAGAUUUGACAUUAACUACGGCAAAACAACGAGAUUUAGUUGAUAAUUUUGGAUAUAUUUUCAUUGCCUAUCAAAUAUUAACUACAAAGUAUUCAAAAGUUAAUGAAGAAUCUGACUUAGGUAAUCUCAAAGAUUAUCUUUUGAUCUUUAUGGGACAGUUAUUAAUGACCUCUUCAAGUAUUGAAAAGACCUUACGUUGCAAAGUCAUCCAACAAUUGAGUAAAUUGAUUUCAUUACCUAAAUUCCUUACUGAUAAUGAAGUUGAAUUGAUCUUGGGAUACUUUAAAGAUAUUUUAAUCUCAACCAUCAUAAAUCAAUCACAAGAUGCUUGGGAAAAUGAUCUUGUUGUGAAAGAAAUAAUUAAGGGUGUUAUCACUAUAGCAGAAACUCAAGGACACUUGGUAAUCGAUUUGAUUAUAAGUGAAUUAUUAAACUUAUUAGACGGUCUGGAUAAUACUAAUGUGAAGAUAGACUUGGUCCAAUUCAACAAGAUUUUGAAUGUUAUUGGAGAUGUAUGUAUAAACUAUCAAAUCUUAGAGGUAUUGUCUAUUAGAUUGUUAAAUAAGAUUCAAUAUAUCGGUCAAGAAGAUGAUAAGGAUAAGUCUAAAUAUAUUGCAUUAAUCAUUGAAUUAUUUUUGAAGUUGAUUAAUAAAAUUGAAAACUUACAUCAAUUUUUAACUAAUACAUGGUAUAAAUCAUUCUUGCCAAAGUUGUUGAAAUCAAUCUUUGACUUACAAAGAACCACUUCUUCAAACGAUUAUGUGUUGAUUGAAUUAGUUGGAGAUUUGUUUGGUUUAAUUAUUAGAUUCAUUGAUAAAUCCAAACAUCAAGAGAUAUUAUCCAGAUUUGAAAAUACUUUCAUUACUUCUAAUGACACCAAGGAAGAUGACUUUAAUGAAAACUUAAUUGAAACUCCUCUGAUCUUUAUUGGAAUUUGGAAUAAGAUGCUUUCAAACUUGGAUAAUUCAGUUAAAUUUCAAACUAGUAUUAUGGAAGUGUCUGACAAAGUCAUUCAACUUAUUUAUAAAAUCGAAACUAAAGAUGAAUAUUUAAGAAUUCAAUAUUUGCAGAAUUUAUCAUUGUUAUAUAACAAAUUUAUUGAAAAUGAUAUUGUUGUUGAAGUAAAUCUUGAGAAAUAUGUCUCACCAAUUAUAACUACAGAUUCAAAAGUUCAAUUUAAUGAGACUGAUUUAGUGACAUUUGAAAUAUUCAUUUGGAUAUUAAAAGCAUUGGUUAUAAAGAUGAACAAGAGUGGAAUUACUUACUUAUAUCAAUUAUUAGAUAUCCAACAAUCAACAUCUUCUACUGAUGUCAAGCAACUUAUUGGAAAAUCAUUAAAGAUCUUAUUUAUUGAUUUAAAGAUCUUUACUAAUGAGUUUGAUAUUUCAUCGACUGCAACUUCACCUACCAAGAUCACGGGUAAGAAUAUUAUUUCAAAAGUUAAGAACUUGAAUGUCAAGUUAUUAUACAAGCAACAAAUAUUUGAAAUCAUUUUACCAAGAUUGAUUAGCAAUAUAGAAGAGAAUAAGACCAAUGAAAACAAUACUAAUGAAAUCUAUUUGAAUUCAUUGUCAUUGAUUUUAGAAGAUUUACCAAAAAAGAUAUUAUUAAAUCAUUUAACUAAAAUCUUGCCAUUGGUAUUAACUAGUUUAACCUUAUCUAAAUCACAAACCAAUCGAUUAUUACUUUCAUCAUCAUUAACUACUUUGAAUGUUAUAAUUGAAGAAAAUCCUCAACUUAUUGAAAAUAAAUUAUCUGUUUUAAUUCCAAUUUUAUUGAAGUUAAGUGUAUCAAAAGUUGUGUAUAAUAAACAAUUGAUUAAUAGUGAAGAAAUUAGAGUUAAAAGUUUAACUAGUUUAAUUCAAAUAUUUAAGGUAUUCAAGACUGAUGACUUACACAAGUUUAAACAAUCGAUACUUAAAGAGUUAGUGACUGGAUUAGAUGACAAGAAGAGAACAGUUAGAAAAUUAGUUUGUGAUUUAAGACAACUGUUAUAUGAAUUAUAGAAUAGAAUGUGUAUAUCAAUCAAGUAUAUAUAUAUUAUUAAUAGAAAGUAA